AUGUUAGUUAUGGAGCUUUGCUUAAAUGGAAGUUUAUGUGAUUAUUUACAAUUAAAUUACACGGAUACUGGAACGAAAAUUAGAAUGUGUCUUGAUGUCGCGUCUGGACUGGCUCACAUGCAUAACAAAAAUAUUAUUCAUGUGGACGUUGCUGCUCGCAAUUGUUUGUAUUCCAACAAUCAAGUAAAGAUUGCUGAUUUUGGUUUAUCUCGAAUUUUACCGAUGGGAGUGGUUUUUGUUAAUAUUUUGGCCAAUGAGAAUCUGCCACUCCGAUAUCUGGCACCACAAACCUAUCAAAAUAAAGUACUAGGAAAAACAACUGAUGUGUGGAGUUAUGGCGUGAUGACAUGGGAAAUUUUUGCCAAAUGCCAAACUCCUCCUUAUGCCAACAAUACCAAUAGUCAAGUUAAGAACCAAAUAUUAUCUGGAAAGAUAUUGGAAUUUAAUAGUUCAACUCCGAAGGAAUUUUCUCAAUUCGUAAUCAACAAAAUUUUCAACAAAAAUGUAACAGAAAGAGCUUCAAUGAAUGAAGUUGUUCUAGCAAUUGAAAACAUGAUUAAGGAUCGGGUUAAGACAACAAAUAAAGAAAAGAAAGGGAAGAAAAGAGGAUAAAUUCUUUCUCCAAUUUUAAUUCCGAUUCUUACCUAAAUAUUUAUUUCAAAUCCUUACCCCAAUAUUUAUCGAAUUCUUACCUAAAUAUUUAUUUCAAAUCCUUACCCCAAUAUUUAUCGAAUUCUUACCUAAAUAUUUAUUUCAAAUCCUUAUUUCAUUAUUUAUCCCGAAUUCUUAUUUCAUUAUUUAUCCUAAUUCUUAACUCAUUGCCCCAUUUCCUUGACAUAUUCGUGUUUUUAUAU